AAAAUGGAAGCUAAGUGAUGACUGCAUAUAUAUUUACAAAUAUUUAAUUUGUAGUUUAUUUUUUUCCUUCCCUGCGAAUUUUGAGCUUGCAGAAACCUGUAAGCUUAAAACUCGGGAGAUCCCAACAAGGAGAUCAGAAAACCUAAUUAAGAACAAAGAAAGAAGAAACAAAUUUAAGAUUAUUAUAUUAGGUCACAUAGAAAACCAUAGAGAGAGAGUUUAGAGAGAGAGAGAGAGAAAUAAUGGAGGGUUCAUUAUGUCCCAUGAUGAUGAUGAUGAUGCCUUCUACCAACGAUCAAGGAGGAAACAACACCCCCAACUCCACGGCGGCCGCCGCCGCCGCAGGUUACUUCUUGGAUAACCUCCCCGGCAACCACAGCCACCACGGAUGCGAUGCUGCCGCCGCCGUGGGGAAGAGCGGCGUCUCCCCGGCGUCGGCGUCUUCAUCUUCGUCGGCAUCCGUGAAGGCCAAGAUCAUGGCUCACCCUUACUACCACCGCCUCCUGGCCUCCUACUUCAACUGCCAAAAGAUAGGGGCGCCGCCGGAAGUGGUGGGGAGGCUGGAGGAGGCGUGCGCGGCGAUGGGCGGCGGCGGCGGCGGGGGGCGGAGCGGGAGUCUGGGGGAAGAUCCGGCGCUGGACCAGUUCAUGGAGGCGUACUGUGAAAUGCUGAGCAAGUAUGAGCAAGAACUGUCAAAGCCCUUCAAAGAAGCCAUGCUUUUCCUCUCAAGGAUUGAGUCUCAGCUCAAGUCUCUCUCUCUUCCAUCCUCCUUUGACUCUCCAGGAGAAGGGGUGGAGAGAAAUGUGUCAUCGGAAGAGGAGGUAGAUCAUAAUAAUGCGGGCAGUUUCAUCGACCCGCAGGUGGAAGACCGGGAACUGAAGGGGCAGCUGCUGCGGAAAUACAGCGGGUAUCUGGGCAGCCUCAAGCAAGAGUUCAUGAAGAAGAGGAAGAAGGGGAAGCUGCCCAAGGAAGCCAGGCAACAAUUGCUGGACUGGUGGACCAGACAUUACAAAUGGCCUUAUCCUUCGGAAUCGCAGAAGGUGGCACUGGCGGAAGCGACGGGGUUAGACCAGAAGCAAAUAAACAAUUGGUUCAUCAACCAGCGGAAGCGCCACUGGAAGCCGUCGGAGGACAUGCAGUUUGUGGUUAUGGACACCGCCGCCGCCGUCUCCCAUCAUCCCCACCACCAUCACCAUUACUAUAUGGCGGCGGACCACAAUAUGCACCCUUUCUCCAUGGACAUCACCCCUUCUUCUCUCCUUUGAUUUCUUUAUAUAUAAUUAUUUCAAAACUUAUUACGAGUAUUAUUUUAUAGUAUGAUAUAUACUCCGCCGCCGGUAUUAUUACACACACAUAUAUAUUUAUAUAUGCUCGAGUGAGCUUGUAUUAGUAGUGCAUGCUGUGUGUGUUUUUUAUUGUUGUAUUUUAUUAUUAUCAAAUUAAUUCUAUUUACUCGGAGCCAUUAUAUAUAUACACGGAGUAGUUAUUUCAUAUGUAGCUUGUGAUGUACGUACUUCAUCUCUUUAUAAAUUAUUUUCUCAGUU